CACGACAGCGCGACGUUGCUAUAAGACGGCGGCUGGCCGGCGCCCUGCCUCUUUCUGUCUGGGGUGUGAGCGCGUAGGUGAGCAGUUGCGAGUGGUGUAGGCGCAGCCGGCAAGCAGCGCCACAAUGCCCGUGGCCAGGAGCUGGGUUUGUCGCAAAACCUAUGUGACUCCGCGGAGACCGUUCGAGAAGUCGCGGCUCGAUCAGGAGCUGAAGCUGAUCGGCGAAUAUGGGCUCCGGAACAAACGUGAGGUCUGGAGGGUCAAGUUUACUCUGGCCAAGAUCCGCAAGGCUGCUCGGGAGCUGCUGACGCUGGAUGAGAAGGACCCACGCCGGCUUUUUGAAGGCAAUGCUCUGCUGAGGCGACUUGUUCGAAUUGGGGUGCUGGAUGAGGGCAAGAUGAAGCUGGAUUAUAUCCUGGGCCUGAAGAUUGAAGAUUUCUUAGAGAGGCGGCUGCAGACCCAAGUCUUUAAGCUAGGCCUGGCUAAAUCGAUCCACCAUGCCAGAGUGCUCAUCCGUCAGCGCCACAUCAGGGUCCGCAAACAGGUGGUGAACAUCCCGUCCUUCAUUGUGCGGCUGGACUCCCAGAAGCACAUCGACUUUUCCCUCCGCUCUCCGUAUGGUGGUGGCCGCCCGGGCCGAGUGAAGAGGAAGAACGCCAAGAAGGGCCAGGGUGGUGCAGGAGCCGGUGAUGAUGAAGAAGAGGAUUAAGCCCAUAUCUCCCUGAGCUGGAAUAUGUCUAGUUUUCCAGUUGGCUUAAUAAAAGAGGAUCAACACUUUG